CAAUCUUUCCCUCUAAAAGCUUAGACUCAGCAUGUUCAAUUUUCUUCUGUGAGUGCGCGUCAGUUCCGCCAAACCUAAACCUAGAACGUUCUUCUUUCUCAGUUUGCCGGAAUCAUCAAUGGAUCCUCAGCCUGAACCGGUCAGCUACAUCUGCGGAGAUUGUGGCAUGGAGAAUACGCUGAAGCCCGGUGACGUUAUACAGUGCCGCGAGUGCGGUUACCGUAUCCUUUACAAGAAGCGCACUCGUCGCAUUGUCCAAUACGAGGCCCGCUGAAGAAAACUGCUGUGGCAUUGGCAAGUGAUUGCCAUGAUGAAAAUGUGCUGCAUAUGUACCAUGUGUUUUAUUUGGUCUUGUGAUAUUCAAGAACUACUUAUAAUACAACGAUGGUCUGAGUAAUUCUACAGUUUGCAUUUGGAUGAUGUUUUAGAAAACGAGAAAAGAAAACUUUUAAAUGUGAAUAUAUUGUUACUAUUUUU